AUGACGAGCGUGUCUCCUCGGUACAGAAAUGUUCCUGUCCCUAAAGUGUUCCUUAGUUUCCGAGGAGAAGAGAUUCGUCAUGGGUUUAUCAGCCACCUCGCUGAUGCUUUAGAGAGAUAUGGGAUCAUGUUCAUCAUAGAUAAAGACGAGCAACGUGGAAAUGACUUGACAAGUCUCCUUUUAAGGAUCAAAGAGUCAAAAGUUGCCCUGGUCAUCUUCUCUAGCAGGUUUGCGGAGUCGAGGUUUUGUAUGGAUGAGAUUGUCAAGAUGAAGGAAUGCGUAGAUGAAAGAAAGCUUCUAGUCAUUCCUAUCUUCUAUAAGGUUAGGGCAAGAGAUGUGAGCGGCCGCACAGGUGACUUUGGUAAAAAGUUUUGGGCGCUUGCUCAAAAGUCUCGAGGAUGUCAAAUCAAGGAGUGGAUGGAAGCCCUAGAGUGUAUUUCUAAUAAGAUGGGUUUGUCCCUGGGAGACGGAAGGUCUGAAGCCGAUUUUAUUAAGGAAAUCGUUAAAGAGGUUGAGAGAGUUCUAGCCACAUUUACAAGCGAGGACACAGAAGAUCAUCACUGUCAAACCGUUAAGCUUUUGAAGGGCCUCGUCGUGGGUUGCCUUGCCCAUCAAGAACUGCCGUUGGUGUUGGUUUUUACUCAAGUUUACUACUAUGUUAAGUUUUCUAUUUUCUUCAUUGAGGAGAUAUUCUCAUCAUGUUUUAGGAAAGGCUUUGUCUUAAAGCCCUGCAAGGAGGACUUGCAAAUCAAUUCGAUAUCGAUUCCUGGAAUCGAUCUCGAAAAUUUCAAGAAUAUGAUGCAACAAGCGAUGUACGAACUGAAUCAAAUGUUGCUGCAAAGUCUUGGCAACAUAGACCCUCAUCGUGAUGUUGCUUUUGAAAACCAGCCACAAGACCAACCAGAUAGUCCGAUUGCUCUCCCGGAAGAACGUAGAGUUGCUUUGGAAGCAACCAAAUUCUGUGGUCACGCUGCAUAUUGGUGGAAUCAGACAAAGACAACUCGUGCCCGCAUUGGAAAAGUUCUAAUUCAUUUUUGGGAGAAGCUCAAGAAAAAGUUUAAGGACACGUAUGACAGGACUGUAAGGAUUUGA